CUCACACAACUCACUGAGUCACAAAACUCAGACCAGAAAAAAGAUCACACUUUCUCUCACUACCAAGCUCACAUUCUCUCUCUAAAAAAACAGAUCCAUUUCGACGACGAUGCAGUACAAGAACUUGGGUCGGUCGGGCUUGAAGGUGAGCCAGCUGUCGUACGGAGCGUGGGUCAGCUUCGGGAACCAGCUAGAUGUGAAGGAAGCGAAGUCGCUCUUGCAGUGCUGCCGUGAUAACGGCGUUAAUUUCUUCGACAACGCCGAGGUCUACGCCAAUGGCCGAGCCGAGGAGAUCAUGGGUCAGGCAAUAAGGGAACUGGGUUGGCGUCGUUCCGACAUCGUCAUCUCAACCAAGAUCUUCUGGGGAGGUCCCGGUCCGAAUGACAAGGGAUUGUCGAGGAAACACAUCGUGGAAGGGACAAAAGCUUCGCUGAAGAGGUUGGAUAUGGAAUACGUCGACGUUUUGUACUGCCACCGUCCGGAUUCUUCGACUCCGAUCGAAGAGACGGUGAGGGCUAUGAACUAUGUGAUUGAUAAGGGUUGGGCUUUCUACUGGGGUACAAGUGAGUGGUCCGCUCAGCAGAUCACCGAGGCUUGGGGUGUGGCUGAGAGGUUGGAUCUACUCGGGCCUAUUGUCGAACAGCCGGAGUACAAUUUGUUGUCUAGGCACAAGGUUGAGAGCGAGUACCUCCCUCUCUAUGCCAACUAUGGCCUGGGUCUUACAACCUGGAGUCCACUUGCAUCUGGAGUGCUCACUGGAAAAUACACCAAGGGAAAUAUACCACCUGACAGCAGAUUUGCAUUGGAAAAUUACAAAAACCUUGCUAACCGAACAUUAGUUGAUGACGUGCUGAGGAAAGUUAAUAGUCUGAAACCAAUUGCAGACGAGUUAGGUGUACCAUUGUCUCAACUUGCAAUUGCAUGGUGUGCUUCAAACCCUAAUGUCUCAUCAGUUAUCACUGGAGCUACAAAAGAGUCUCAGAUUCAAGAGAACAUGAAAGCUGUUGAUGUAAUCCCUUUGCUGACUCCUGCUGUGUUGGAAAAGAUCGACGCUGUUGUUCAAAACAAGCCAAAGCGUCCGGAUUCAUAUAGGUGAAUGCUGGAUAUUUCCGAUUACAUCCGUCACAUUUCUGCACAUUACACAGACUCCAUUCUUCCAACAUUCAGGAACACAAACUCAUGCCUUGUAGGAUUUUUUUUCCCCCCCCCCCCUCUCACUUGUGCCCCAUUUGGUUUAUUUCGUGUUGGUGUACUAUGAUAAUGCAUUGCUAGCUAGUUAUUAGGUCAUGGGAUUUGUUUUUCCCCUUAAAAAGGGUAUAUGAAUGUGAUGUCAUGUUUAUGAGGAAGGGUUAAAGAUACUUUGAUUAUUACAGAUACUGAAUUGAUGUAACAGUGCAAUUGUUUGGUGCCUGUUGCUUUGUGAAAUUCAUAUGUCUUGAUUGUUA